GUCCGCCGCCGCCAUGGCGCGCGCGGGAGGCGGCCGUCCCUCCCUCCUGGAGGCAUGACGCGGCGGCGCCCGUGGCCGUGGCUCCACCACCUGCUACCACUGCGAACGCGCUCGGUCGGGCGGAGGUGGCCCUGGUCGUAGCGAACGGGAUGGCGGCCGCGAUGGUGCACGGCGGUGGCGGCGGCGGAGGAGGAGGAGGAGGAGUGGGGAAGCAGCAUCAUGACAGGUCCUCGCCUGGCGGCGGAGGGGCGCCGCAGGUGGACACGGGCAAGUACGUGCGCUACACCCCGGAGCAGGUGGAGGCGCUGGAGCGGGUGUACAGCGAGUGCCCCAAGCCCAGCUCGCUGCGCCGCCAGCAGCUCAUCCGCGAGUGCCCCAUCCUCAGCAACAUCGAGCCCAAGCAGAUCAAGGUCUGGUUCCAGAACCGCAGGUGCCGCGAGAAGCAGCGGAAGGAGGCGUCUCGCCUGCAGACCGUGAACCGGAAGUUGACUGCCAUGAACAAGCUGUUGAUGGAGGAGAAUGACAGGCUGCAGAAGCAGGUGUCCCGCCUUGUUUACGAGAACGGAUACAUGCGGCAGCAGCUCCAUAAUCCUUCUGUAGCAACUACAGACACGAGCUGUGAGUCCGUGGUUACAAGUGGUCAACACCACCAACAGCAAAACCCAGCAGCCGCGCGUCCACAGAGGGACGCGAACAACCCAGCUGGUCUACUCGCUAUAGCUGAGGAGACCCUGGCAGAGUUCCUGUCCAAAGCGACAGGUACUGCUGUCGAUUGGGUGCAAAUGGUUGGGAUGAAGCCUGGUCCGGAUUCCAUUGGAAUCAUUGCUGUUUCGCACAAUUGUAGUGGCGUAGCAGCACGAGCUUGCGGCCUUGUGAGCCUUGAGCCCACAAAGGUUGCUGAGAUCCUUAAGGAUCGCCCGUCUUGGUAUCGUGAUUGCCGGUGUGUGGAUGUGCUCCAUGUUAUCCCUACGGGUAAUGGUGGAACUAUUGAGCUUAUCUACAUGCAGACUUAUGCACCGACAACUUUGGCGGCACCACGUGACUUUUGGACACUCCGAUACACUAGUGGUCUUGAAGAUGGAAGUCUUGUGAUAUGUGAGAGAUCACUGACUCAAUCCACUGGCGGUCCAUCAGGACCUAACACUCCAAAUUUUGUCAGAGCAGAUGUGCUUCCUAGUGGCUAUUUGAUCCGCCCAUGUGAGGGGGGUGGCUCUAUGAUUCACAUUGUGGAUCAUGUUGAUUUGGAUGCUUGGAGCGUGCCUGAGGUCCUUCGACCACUUUAUGAAUCCCCAAAGAUCCUUGCGCAGAAGAUGACAAUUGCUGCACUGCGUCACAUUAGGCAAAUUGCGCAUGAAUCAAGCGGAGAAAUGCCCUAUGGAGGUGGGCGUCAGCCAGCGGUUCUGAGAACAUUUAGUCAGAGGCUAAGCAGAGGCUUCAAUGAUGCAGUCAAUGGAUUUCCGGAUGAUGGCUGGUCACCGAUGAGCAGCGAUGGUGCUGAGGAUGUGACAAUUGCUUUUAACUCAUCCCCAAACAAACUUGUUGGAUCUCAUGUCAACUCCUCCCAGCUGUUCUCUGCUAUUGGAGGUGGCAUCUUAUGUGCAAAGGCAUCUAUGCUGCUACAGAAUGUACCACCUGCUCUCCUAGUGCGAUUUUUGAGGGAGCACCGCUCAGAAUGGGCUGAUCCUGGUGUUGAUGCAUAUUCUGCUGCUGCUUUGAGGGCUAGUCCAUAUGCAGUUCCUGGUCUACGGGCUGGUGGUUUUAUGGGCAGCCAGGUUAUAUUGCCACUUGCGCACACCUUAGAGCAUGAAGAGUUCCUGGAGGUUAUCAGGCUUGAGGGACACAGCCUCUGCCAUGAUGAGGUCGUUCUAUCAAGAGAUAUGUACCUUCUGCAGCUUUGCAGCGGUGUAGAUGAAAAUGCUGCAGGUGCAUGUGCCCAGCUUGUCUUUGCACCCAUUGAUGAAUCUUUUGCUGAUGAUGCACCACUGCUACCUUCAGGCUUCCGAGUGAUACCACUGGAUGCCAAGGCGGAUGCACCAUCUGCGACACGCACACUUGACCUGGCAUCUACUCUUGAGGUUGGGUCUGGUGGGACUACACGAGCUUCCAGUGACACCUCAGGCACCUGCAACACAAGAUCGGUCCUGACCAUAGCUUUCCAGUUUUCAUAUGAAAACCACCUUCGUGAAAGCGUAGCGGCAAUGGCCAGGCAGUAUGUGCGAACCGUGGUGGCAUCAGUGCAGAGAGUGGCCAUGGCAAUAGCUCCUUCGCGUCUUGGCGGACAGAUUGAAACAAAGCACCCUCCAGGAUCUCCUGAGGCCCAUACGCUUGCAAGGUGGAUUGGGAGGAGCUACCGAUUCCACACUGGAGCUGAUCUCCUUCGCACAGAUUCACAAAGCACGGAUUCUUCCUUGAAAGCAAUGUGGCAACACUCUGAUUCAAUCAUGUGCUGCUCCCUGAAGGCUGCUCCUGUGUUCACCUUCGCCAAUCAAGCCGGCCUCGACAUGCUGGAGACGACGCUGAUCGCUCUCCAGGACAUUUCGCUCGAGAAGAUCCUCGACGAUGACGGCCGGAAGGCUCUAUGUUCUGAGUUCCCCAAGAUCAUGCAGCAGGGUUUGGCCUACCUCCCAGGUGGCGUCUGUGUUUCGAGCAUGGGCCGGCCGGUGUCGUACGAGCAGGCGGUGGCAUGGAAGGUCCUGAGCGACGAUGACACCCCCCACUGCCUCGCCUUCAUGUUCGUCAACUGGUCCUUCGUUUGAGAGCCUACCCUACUUCCGGUAUCGACCCCCUCUUGUCCUAUAAAAGACCCUCCUUUAUGUAUCGCUUUUGUGUACUACUGUAUUAUCAAGAAACCUCCCCAGCUCGUUUCUUUUUAUCGUCAUCAUCAUGUGGAACAACAGCAGCACACUGCUAGAAACUCUGCGUUUGCAACUACUGCUAUGGGUAUAUGCAUCGAUCAGUGGCUUUU